AUGCGAAAUUUCUUCCUUUACACCCCUUUGUUGCCCACAUGCACGAUGGGUUCAAUUGAGGAGAGGUCCAUUGUGACGCCCAUCCGUGAGAUGGCAGCUGGAAAGGCGGAUUUCUUGGAAGCGCGAUGUGAAGGCAUUGAUGUGGAGAAGAAAGUGGUGCGCUGCAGCCGGGCCCGUCGCUCCAAAGUCAGUUCCAAUGCGCAGUACCACCGGUUUCCAGACAAGGAGGAGGGCGAGAAGUACACCUUCGAGAUGCCCUAUGACAUCCUUAUUUACGGCGUUGGGGCCAAGACCAACGACUUCAAUGUGCCCGGUGUCAAGCAGCAUUCCUUCUACUUCAAGGACCUGCGAUUCUGGGAGCUCAUCGACGCCCGCAACGUGCGAAGUCGCAUCUCCGACCUUUUCGAAGAGGCGGCGCUGCCCACCAUGUCCCCAGAGGAUCGCGAUGCGCUCCUGAACUUCAUCAUCGUUGGAGGCGGUCCAACUGGUGUUGAGAUCGCGGCGGACUUGGCGGACUUCGUAGAUGAAGACUGCAAACGGCUUUACCCCAAGCUGCAGGAUCAGGUGACGAUCAACUUGGUGAACAUGGAAGACCACUUGCUCUCAACCUACAGCCGGGAUAUCUCCGAAAAGAGCUUGGAGGUGUUCAAAGCCAAAGGUGUCAAGGUCCUCAAUGGCUGGCGGGUCACUGAGAUUACCGAGGAUGUGGUGAAAAUGACCACAAAGCAGGGUGAUUACAAGGAGAUUCCUCAUGGCUGCGUUAUUUGGGCUGCAGGCGUGAAGCCUACCAGCCUCACGCAGCAAGUGAAGGCAGAUCUUCAAGGGCUCAACAAAGGUGCCCUGCGCGUGCGGGGCGUGCGGGGAAGCAGGGAAGCGGAGCUUCAAGCAAAGGUCCGUGGUUUGUCCACCGACGAAUGGCUCAACGUUUGGGGGAGCAAGGGCUCUAUUUUCGCCCUGGGCGAUGCCAGCACAGUGCAGCAGGAAUGCGCCUGCUUUUUUGCGCAAGAGCUCUUCCAGGAGCUGUUUUCAGUGUGGUUGGGACACAUGUUCCAUGGGAAGAACCUCAUGAUCGUGAUCAUGAGCAAAUGCGGAUACGGUACAUUGGCCCACCCCAGAGGCCUGAACGGGGCAGGUCAUGCGCGGGAAACCGUACCGGCCGAACUCGGCAGGAGGCGGACGUGGAGAACACGGGACGCCUCAGCAUCCACGCGCUGCGAGACCUGCUUCGGAGCAACUCGGAGCGUCGGGGGCCCCGCACUGGUGCUUUCCCGUUCUUCGAUUCAUGUGAAGAACGCCUUACGCCUUUUCAGAGCAUCCAUGUGGCACACACGCAUACUAUAUUACUAUAUGAUACUAUAUGUAUAUUGUAUACAUACAUGUAAUAUCUGUAAUAUAUUGUAUAUAGUCUAG